GCAUGCGAGGCCAGCAGGAGGUCAGAGCUGGAGCUCUGUCCUCCACUUUGAUGAUUCUACUCGAAGGGGGCGUGUGCACAUUUACCCACUCGCGUUCAUGACAAAUUGUUCAUUCUUGCGCAAUCUCGCCCGAAUCUGUGACUAUUUUUGCCGUCUUCCGGAUCCGAGCCCGAAUCUCCACAAGCUUAUCCGAGCUCCUCAUUGUCUUGAGCUUUGGUUUGCCGAAAGCCGUCAUCGUGAGACGGGCAUUUUGGAGACACCUGGAGAUUAGAGCUCAGCUUUUUCCUUGAAUACAUCGUUCCGGUGUAAACCCUAACCUCUCUUUGAUCGCCCGUUUGAUGUCGAAACGCAACUUCCGAUCGGACAAACUAUGCUCGUAUCGCUUUGGAAAUGAGGUUGUAAGGCUUCUCGGGUCUGGAGAAGUAACAUUGGAUGCAGGUUUUCGUCCCAAUGUCAUAUGUAGAGAUCGCUACAUGCGGGCAUUGAUUGCAUAUAAUUACGUCGAACAAAAUCUGCCGCUGUCGUUUAAGUCGAAUACGAUCGUGAGAAAUAAAGCACAGUUCAUAUACAACUCACGGCAGAAAAAGCAUUGAUAGCCAGCGUCUCUGCUCAAGGAGGCAGAUACAGAUCCCACGCCAUUCCAGCUUUAAGAUUCACAAGAUGCGCUUUCUUCCAAUCAAAUGUACAUUGUCGCCUGCUGUCGCUUCCACCCGCGAACCGCAAACAGUGAAAAUUCCUUCCGUCGGCGCCAGAAGCACCGCUAGAUGCAGAGUCAGCAACAUGGGAAAUUCAUCAAAGCAGCGCAUGGUCAGAUUUGGCCAUGUCUGGAACUCACUACGACGACAGUCAAGCUGAUAGCAAGGACGAAUCUCGAAGCUCGCGUCGCUAUUAUCGCAAGUUUCUGUCUCUACUUCCCGCUCUCCUUCCUUACCUUCUGUUCCCUCCUUAUUCUCUCACUGGGUCCUCUUUGUCGCUGUCUUUGUGGGGUCCGGACCUUCCAGCACCCUCCCUGAUGUCAACAACACCAGCAACAACAGCGACACACCCGUGCUUUCCGUCGCGGGUGACGUUGGAGACCCAGUCCUGUGUGGAGCUUGUCCUGUCCUAAAGCUUCACCAAACCCGAGACUAGAGCGGCAUGAUGGAGUCGCUACCGGUGUCGAGAUGAGCGGGUUUGGUUAAGAUCGCCUUGAGGUCGAAGCAAAGGUCGAAUUAAGUGGAGCACAGUGGUCUUGGAGAGAGAGAGAGAGAGAGAGAGAGAGACAAGAAGGGCCGGACAGGGUCAGGGGCAAGCGGUGGCGAUCAGUGGCAGAACACAGGAGAAUUUAACGAGGAAAUCGUGAGGGAAGAGCAGAAAUUCUGGGACAAUAGGGCUGAAUUGCUGACGACGAGAGAAGAGUAGAGCGCGAGGAGCGAUGGGGAAAGGAGAUCGAGAAUCGUUGGCGGUGCUGGUUGCCGGGCUGCAAAAUGAGCUCAACAGGAAGAACACAUUUGAGGGCGCUGUAGUCUCUCUGACGUGUAUGUUUCGGGAUCUAUAUAAAUCGGCUCCUGCACCUGAACGACAAGCGAUGUACGCAGCUGCUUGUCGUGCAGAAAGACUGCUUCAGAGUCGUUAUACAUCUUCAGCGUUCUGGAAGGCCGGUUUGAAACUUUUUCAACAAGCUGAAGCUAUGCUGACUGAACCAAAAGAGAAGAGGAAUAUGCAAGGCUUCGUUCAGAAAGCACGGGUAUAUCUUGGGGAGCAGACGGAAAGGGAGACAUUACCCCCACAUAUGAGAGCAGGAACAAGUUCAGGUGGAUUUCUAUUCGAAGGACAGCUCACGAUGGGACCAGAGCCUCCAAGACAUGCCUGGUCUGCCAUUAGGGAUACUUUGCGAGAGAAUGCAACCAGGCUAUUUAACAGCAACGAUCCAAAUGUUGAGCAGGACGUCACGCGUAGACUCCAGAAUAUAUUGAAUAAUGCUCGAGAUGGCAAUGGCCUUCCAGGUCAAAAUCCUGAAUUUGUUGGCUUGGAAGAGGCUAUCGCUGCGACGCUUGCUGAGAUUGGAAACAUGCCCCGUGGUCCUCCUCCUGCAUCCAAAGCUGAAGUGGCAAAAUUACCUGUCCUCGAAGUAACUGAAGAGAUUUUAGCCCGCGUCGGUCAAGGUGCCGAAUGUGCUGUGUGCCGAGAGGUGCUGACCAUUGGUGACAAGAUGCAGGAGAUGCCUUGUAAACACUCAUUCCAUCCGGACUGCUUGAAGCCAUGGCUGGAAGCACACAACUCAUGCCCGAUCUGUAGGUACGAAAUGCCGACCGACGACCGAGAAUAUGAAUUGCAGAAGGAACGUGACCGUGAAUUUGAAGAGGACAGAAAGGCACGUGAGAAUGCACUUCCCGGUGGAGAAUAUAUGUAUACCUAAAACAGUUGUUUUCUCCUCCUCCUGAGCUUGUAAAUAACCCUUUCUUCAAAAGUCUGAAAUUCUUGUAGACUGUCACCGUAGACAAGAAGUGCCCUUUUCUUUGACUUCAGAGAAGAGUUUCUGAUUUGUCAAGGAAAUGGAGGUGAUUGAGAAUGAUAUAUAUCGGUAGUAAAUAUUCUCUGUUGAGUUAACGAAAACUGAAAAAGUGCCAAUUUCUUCUUUUUUAUGAUCUGAUUCAAACUCGUGGUAUUUCGUCUUCAUUGUCGAGUUGAUGGAAUAUAUUCUCGUAUCAUUGUGAAGAGGCUACAGUAGC